AAAGCACUUGUUUCUCAUUCAAUGCUUUACCAAACACCCCACGAUAUUACCAUCACUCCUCCUAUCCUAUCUUCAUUAUUCCCAUCUUCUUCUUCUUCUUCUUUUUCCUCUAUUUCACUGCUAAUUUCUCUUUUUCCCCACUAGUCAUGGAAUGCGUUGAAGGCGCCUUGAAAAACAGUUUUAUCCCCGUUAAACCCACCGUUAACACUCAGUGCUUUUCCGACGACUUCACGGCGGUUAUUGGUGUCACCGGUGACGAUAUCUUUGUUGAUGGUCUUCUUGACUUCUCCGAAAACGAUUGUUUCGAGGAAAACGAUGAUACCCAUGUUGUUCUUGACACAAGUAACGACAAAACUUGUUUCAUUUCCCCUGUCAAACAAGAAAAUCAAGAGAAAAUUGAGGAUAACAAGACCACCAUUGGUUUCUCCAUCCCGGAUAACGACCUUUGCCUGCCGGCUGAUGACGUAGCGGACCUUGAAUGGGUUUCUCAUUUCGUCGACGACUCAUUUUCUGGCGGGUACUCAUUACCAUGCCCCACCGGAAAGUUCAAGUUCACCGAGAAGAAGCCGGAACCGGUAAUCAUUAAACGGGAAACCGUUAAACCGGCGUUGACGACUCCGGUUCAGACAAAAGCGAGAAGCAAGCGUGCACGAACCGGCGGCCGGGUCUGGUCGAUGGUGACGUCACCGUUGACUGACUCGUCAACGUCAAGUUCUUCUUCAUCAUCUUACACAUCAAACCCUUGGUUGUUUUUCCCUGACUUAGCGGCUCAAACCGCCGAGUCAGUUUUCGGGAAGCCGCCUGUUAAGAAACAAAAGAAAAGAAAUGUUGUGGUUGGGCCGGUUGAACCGACGACUCAGCCGGCCCAGCCUCGGCGUUGUAGCCAUUGUCUUGUGCAAAAGACCCCACAAUGGAGAGCCGGUCCGCUUGGGGCUAAAACGCUUUGUAACGCCUGUGGGGUUCGGUAUAAGUCGGGUCGGCUUUUACCCGAAUAUAGACCGGCUUGUAGCCCGACUUUUUCGAGUGAGGUGCACUCUAACAACCACCGGAAAGUUUUGGAAAUGCGGCAGAAGAAGGAAGCGGCUGAUGCCGGUUUAACCCUUCCGGUCCGGAGUUUUUGAAGAAGGUUAAUUAGGUAGGACAGAAGAAGGAAUUAGGAUUGGUAUGAACCGGGUUUAGUUAGUUGCCCAGUUUAUUUCGGUAGGUUUAUGAUAAGCGAUUAUUAAGAGACUUUAAUGUAGCUUUUUAUUAUAAAAGUUGUUAUUGUUAUGUUGUUUCAAAUAUUUAUUUAUUUUUUCUGUU